GCGCUGCACGCCGGGCAGUGCCAGCCGCUCUGCUCUACGCCUCGGCUCGUGAGCGACCGCCUCUCGCCCUGGCGUUGUUUUGGUCCCGGCAGGACCCCGUAGCGGCCGGCGGCGACCGAGCUGCCGUCGUAACGCUGCUGCUGCGCAGCGCGGGCCCCGGUGCCCAGCCAACCGGCGGGCGCGGGACGCACGCUAACCGCCGGUCCGCGGCUGCGGCUCCCGCCCUCACUGCCCGUUACUAGCCGCCGGCCCCGGGAGAGCGGCGCAGCGGCUCUCCGCUGUUCUCUUUUCCUUUCCUUGCCGCCAGGACCGGAGUGAGUGUCACCCGGGGGCGCCCGCUCCACUUUCCUCCGCUGCCUCUCGGUCCUAUCAGCUGACCCUUCGCAGCUCAGUGCCGUCUUGACGUGCCCUGCGCUGCUCGUAGGCCUGCCGCAGCGGGAAAGGAGGACGUCCAUCGAGGACCCUGUCUUAAUAUUCUCUCCUUCCGCUCGGGCCACGGCAGGUGUCGGCCCUGCAGCGGCUUCUCCGCGAGCAGUGGGAGCGCCUCGGCAGCCGUGAGAGCCAGGCUGGCUCCUUGCCGCAGAGACGCAACUGCCCCAGCUGAAAUCCGUCGCUCCUACUUGUCUGCCGCUUUCGCCGUUACGUACGAAGCCUCCGUUCUCUCCAGCCUCCUACGAGCGGUGAACGUGUCGGGCUGCUUGUUCUCGCGUGUGACACGGGCGUAGUCACCCUGUGCUCGGACCUGGGGGCUGGGGAGGGUGUCGGCGUGGCGCGGGAAUACGGCGCCUCUGCCCAGAAGGGAAUCUGCCUGUUCAUUUUCAGUGCCACAGGAGGUCUCACGCCUUCUGGGCCCCGUGCUUUGGAGAGAGGUGCGGUAGUUAAACAAUCAACUACAGACACUCACAACAAGGUCAGUUCGGGCUCCUUUCCUCCUCCUCCUGCCCUGUGUGUGUGGUGGGAGCCAAUUUACCGGGAAUCAUGAUGCCCAGUAACUAAAAAGAAGCCAGCUCAGCUGAAUUUCAGAUGUGGCAAUGGCAUCUACUGUAAUCAAUUCAGUUCCUACCACUGCAUCUCGUUUUGCUUUACUGCAAGUUGAAAGUGAUACUGAUUCAGAGCAUGGAAAAGGAAGAAAUAGCCGAGGUGCCAGAAAAUUUCAGGCCUGUGGGGGAAGAUCACCUACAAAUGAGAAAAAAAAAAAGAAAAGGAGAAAAAAGAGAGAACAGCAGCAGAGUGAGGCCAAUGAGCUCAGAAACCUUGCUUUUAAAAAGAUUCCUCAGAAGUCCUCACAUGGAGGCUGUCUGUCUCAACAUGAACAAAAACUGCAUGCUGCAAUGCAGAAAGACUCUCAGGAAGAAAAUUGGCAAGCAUGGAGACAAAGGGAUGAGCAGCUGACAUCUGAAAUGUUUGAAGCUGAUCUUGAAAAAGCACUGCUGCUAAGCAAACUGGAAUAUGAAGAGCACAAAAAGGAAUAUGAAAAUGGUGAAAAUACUCCACCUCAGCCCAAGUCUGUGAGUAAGAAAGAGAAAAAGAACCAAGGAAAAGACAAACCUCUCACUGUGUCUCUGAAAGACUUUCAGUCAGACAGUAAUACAGAUAACCUUGCUAAAAAAAAUGAUGAUCUGAACUCUACCCAGCCUUCAUUGCAUGAUGGAAGAUUUUUCAACAGGCUGGAAGAUGAUGUUCACAGGAUACUUGAAGUAGAGAAAAGGAGAGUCCAGCUCACGGAUCACAGUGAUACAGAUAAUGGCACAUCUCAUGAACACAACCAGGAGAGCAUUUUGAAAGAUGGACAGACAGAACGACUAAAGCUUGAGCUUGAAAAGAAAGAUGCAGAAAUUGAGCAACUGAAAAAUACAAUAACUCAGUGGGAGGCAAAGUAUAAAGAAGUGAAAACAAGAAAUGCACAGCUUUUGAAGAUGAUGCAAGAAGGUGAAAUGAAAGACAAAGCUGAAAUACUCCUACAGGUUGAUGAAUCUCAAAUUAUCAAAAAUGAAUUGACUGUACAGGUAACUAUACUUCAUGCAGCAUUAGAGCAAGAAAGAUCCAAAGUGAAACAACUGCAGGCAGAGUUAACAAAAUAUCAGAGUGGUAAAAAAGAGAAAAGGCACUUAAAAUGUGACCAGUGCAGGUGAUCUCCUCUGCCACCAGAUUCAAAGGGGGAUUUUUUUUUUCAGAACUUUGUAUGACUUGUUGCACAACUGCUGAACUAUACAUUUUUAUUAAGAGAAAUUAACAAUUAUUAGUUUGUUUUAGUCCAAGUAAUUGAUUUGUUGCACUUUCUGCUACAGAAAAAUUAGAAAACUACUAUUUCAGCAGAGAUGAAGCUUAACUGCAAUGUUGUUGGUUUUUCAUCAUUUAAUAAAGUUUUACUUUGGAAUUUC